AUGGCUACGUGUGUUCUUUACGACUGCUGUGAGCUUUACACGAACCUCGAAAGUUGGCAUUAUUCGUUUGUUCAUACUAUCUCUGAUACAGCGCUCAAAAUCGAUCAGGAGAACCGAAAAUGGACCUUGAUGACGGUGUGCUACAUCAUACAACGCUACGGAGGGGUCCUUUGUGCUAUCUUUGCUCUAGUCAACGAUCUCUACAACUCAGUCGUUGACAAGGUGAAUUUCUGCUUGAUUUCUGCUGUAAGACUGGAGGUCAUGCUCAUCCUAGCAUUUACUACAGGAAACUCCAUGCUUUAUUCUUUGGGCAGCGACGUCGAUAUUUCGCACAUCCGCAAUCCUGAGUACCCAAGGGGUAAUAUUAGCUCGUACUUACGCCAAACUUACGCGCUUCACUGGAGAUCGACGGUGCCAUUAUAUUUACUUUGUGGUUCUUUCAUCUUGGCACAGGCUGGUAACAUCAUAUACACUGUCGUCUCGUUCACAGGUCCUAAUGCGUGGUACACCGAUAGCGGCAAGACUCCAAUCGAGGUUGAGCUCCUCUCCGGUGUUCUGGUUUGCGAAUUUCGCUACAACAACGAGUCCUGGACGUUUUUAGUGUUCAUGGCAACCUGUCUCUUUUAUGAGCUAGUCGCUGCGUCUUUGUCAAUUUCUCGUCUAUGGGUACACAUUAGAGGGUCAGGUCAAGGCAUAUUCUCGGUGUGGCGAUCAAACAGCCUCUUCUACAUCGUGGCUCGAGAAAAUGUGGGCUACUUUUGUGUGUCCACUGCAUGUUUGGUGACUCUCGCGACUGGAACAACCGGAUCAACAAAGGUUCUGGACUAUAUUCGGAGUUUAUUUGCCAACGAGCUACGAAUGGCCCUUGACACAAUCUUGACCUCGCUAUUCUGUUCUCAUUUAAUCUUGAACGUCAGGAAGCAUGCAGAUUUGGCAGCGGAAAUUGUGACAGUUAACGUUACGAGCAUUGCAUGGGCUACUGCUCCAUUACAGUAUAGUCACGAGGAGCUAGGAUUUGAAGAGUUUGAAAGCGAGCCAGACACAGAACAAAGCAGAACAUUACAUUAUCAGUAG